GGAAGAUGCUGGUGGACUUCUGUGGAUUUUCUCGCGGAUGGGGCGCCGGGCCGUAGAUAGCUUCUGGGCGGGCAGUAUGGAAGAGCUGACAGCAGGAGAUGAUCGCCCUGGGGCGGAGAGGCGAGGAUAGCGGUGGGAACGCGGACGAGAGACAUGUGAAGAUGGACGGCGAGCGGAUUUCAUCUCUCGCCACACCUCCGCCGAACCUUCCGCUGAUCGUCCUCCGUUGUCAACCCGGCACGCGUCCCUCGCCCCCGGCUGUUUCACUCCUUGUCUCCUCCACCGACGCCGCCGCCGACGUCGAACAUCUCUGCGGCUGCCCCCGCCGCUCCCGCCCCCCAUCCACAAUGUCUAACAAACGCAUAUCCAUCAACGACCUUCUAUGCAGCGAUCCCCCCGCCGAGGACAUACCCAAGCCACCGAAGGAGCCCGUCGUCCCAGAACCAGUCAUCCUCGCGCCCCACCUGCGCAAGACCCACAACUUCCCCUCCGAUGCCGCCGCCAUCCGUCCCUCCUCGUCGAGCUCGACGUCCAGCACCCAUCCGUACGCCACGCGCUCUCCCGAGAUAGCCACCCGCCCGCCGUUGUCGCGUCCAAUGUCCUCUAGCUCUUCGUCCCAACAUUCCCAGCGACAGAGCCCCGUCUUCAUGCGCCCGCCGCAGAGUGGCCCAACAUCGCCCUCCGUCAUGAUGGCUCAGGGCCAGGCAUUCGGUCUGGACGCCCUUGUUGCCGCGUCCGAGGAGCGGAGAAGGAUGGAUACGUCGGAUUUUGGCCCGCACGGGCAACGAAGGCGUACUUCUGGGGAGGGGGCCUCACGCUCGCAUCAUUUGCACGCCCUUGCCGAUCACGUCUCGAGCGAGGAGCGACGCCAAGAGCAGGCCAUCUUCCGGCAUCAUCAGCAGCGCGAACUCAACAGCCGCGCACGCUCGUCCAGCUCAUCGACAUCGUAUGCGCAAUCGCCGCCCUCGCGUUCCCCGACCGACGUCUUCCCACGCGACGCCUACGCGAACAGCAUGAACGCCUCUAUAUCGCCGCGGACGAUGACCGUCCCCCUUGGCCCACCGCCCUACCCCAUGACCACCAACGGCUCAGACCCAAUACAUGCCGGUCAGCCUUAUCGCGUAGGCGACCCCGAGAUGCAGCUAUCCCCCCUAAGCGUGCCCCAGAAGCGUCGCCAUUCGCAAUCCGUGUCUUCGCAUGGCUCCCAUGGCUCACCCCCUCUCCCACCGCCUAUCACGGUUGGCCCCGGCCGUGGGCUUGAUCUGCUCAUGCACGAUCGGGAACAUGAACAAGAGCGGAUUCAGCGGGAAGCGGAACGCAGGGGAAUGGAGAGACGCCGCAUGGAUGAGGAAAGGAGACGAGAGAAGGAGCUAGCUGCCUACGCUAUGCAGCAGGCCCAUCAUCGUCUUCCACAGGAGUUGGCGGCCAGUAAGCAUGGCGAUAAGGUCAUUACCCUCGACGCGCUCGCCAGCCGCGAAUCGUCCUCCAGACAGCAUCGACGAGAUCAGCCCUUCGAGUUCGACAUGCGUCAGCAGCCCCCUCCAAUGCAAAUUCAACGCCAGAUCAUGAACCCUUCUCUCGGUCAUCCCCAUGCCAAUUCCGAGGCGCCACCGACGAUCCAGCGCAUGCCUGAGCUGCAUCAUCAAAGCCGCCUCUCCCUGUCCCCCACAAACUCGCGCCAGCUUCCGGCGUCCAGAGGCUUGGCAUACGAUCAAGGCGAGCUUGAACGAGGACGUCUGGAAAGGCAAAUGAUGGAACGAGAGCGAGUCCGAGCAAUGGAACGAGAUAGGGAGAGGAUCGUGCAGGAGCAAGUACUGAUGAAGGAGCGCGAAUUGGCCGCACGCGAGGCGCGAGUCAAGGAACAAGAGAUGAGGUUGCGUGCAAUGGAGGAGCAAAGAGUUCGGGAAGCGCGCAUGUCCACCAGCGAGGUACCGCCACAAUCCGGCAACGCAGAGGCGAACCUAAAGGCGGAGGGUGUGCGGCCGACAUCUCACGGUCGACACACGCAUGAUCGACAUAUUGACUCCCUGUCUCCCGCCGCCCCUCGUGUCGUCCCUCAAACUUCUUCAUCAACGCCGCGUCCCCUCGAAGAGCACGGACACCGUCGUCUUUCCUCCGGGCAAGAGCCACACGCUGUCCAAAAUCAUUCAUCUUCCAGCGUGCAGGGUCCCAAUCAACCACAUGCGCGCCAUCAUUCGCGUCAGCACCCGCCCCAGUCUGAACCGUCGUCGACUUCCGACAGUCAUCAGCACAACCACCACCACGCUCACGACCACCCUCGUCCGGUCCAGCUCACGACCGCGUCGCGCCCGCCCCCCGGAAGCAAAGCAGGUCGCGCGAUUGCCAACGCCCGACGCGACAGCGGUGGGAGCGAGGGCACCGACGCCGCUGACAUGCCGCCCCGACGCGGCGCUGUGAAACACGAAGAUGUAUCAAUGGACGUGGACCUCCCUCCCCCGACCCUUUCACGAGUCACCGCAUCCGCAACACCCAACCCGUCACCCAUCCCCGUCGACACGCGCCGCGCGCCGCCGAGCUCGAAGCCACCCGUUGCGCAAGCGAGGAUGAUCUCUCCGCCGUCGGCGACGCAUUCCCACGGUCAUGAUGCUAUGCGCCGCUCCAUCUCGCAAGGCACACCACCGACGAUGUCUGCUCCGCGUCUCAUCUCGUCUGGACGCUCGCGCUCGUCGCACACGCAAAUGAGCACCGAGCACCGAUCGGUCUCGCGCGACGUCGGUUCGACCGGCCCGUCCCCCGACGACGCCGACGAGUGGUUGCUGGAGCAGGCGGAGGAGACGACAGGCCACCAGCGCUCCCUCAGCCCACCAGCCAAGAGGAUGAAGUUUUCCCCGCCGGAAGACGAUAAGCCCUCGCGGUCAGCGAAGCGAGCAUCGUCAACUGCCGGCAAGCGCAGCAAGAGCAAGCGCGCAGAGUCCGUCCGAUCGCGUACCGCUGACGACGAAGAGGAUGCGCUUCUUGAUCUCGAGAGGGAGCUCGAUAGCGUACCAACUCCGGUUCAUAUUGCAGACGCCAUGGACGUGGACAAGGAGUUGGAGGACCUUGUCGCGCCCGACCCUACGCCCGAGAACGACGUUGACGACGAGCUGAUGAGCUUGGUCGAGGACAAGGACGUCGCCAAGCCUUCUCACCAUGCGCGAGCACCGUCGACGCAACCAUCUCACGGAAAGCGGUCUCACUCCCCUGCACCACGCCCGCCGGCCUUGCCGCGAGUCGUGUCCCUGCCUUCGACGGCGAAGGAGGAAGAGGAUCGGGCAUCGAUGCCGCCCCCGCCGGUCAAGAAGGCGACGGGUGGGAAGAAGCCUGCAGAGUCGACGGCGUCAAAGUCACGCAGUAAGAAGGGCUCUUCGUCGAGGUCCAAGGCUGCGGGAGAAGCCUCGCAAUCCCAUAAAGCCAAAGCAAAGUCUGGCUCCAAGUCCAAAGCUCGCAAGGUCGAUGAUGGGCCUCGGUCUUCCGAGCCCCCCGCGGGCACGCCUCCUCCUCCCCCUCCUAAGAAAAGUCACAAGAAGGGUGCAGGUGCUGCAGCUGCCGCUGCUGCUGCAGCGGUGGCCGCGCAUUCACGAUCGGCCUCUGCGACGCCUGCGGAAAAGGAGAAGAAGGCCGACGACGCCAAGGAUCGUCGCAAGGAAGAAGAGCACAAGGAGGAGGACGAUGACCGCCUGUACUGUAUCUGUCGGACGACGUACGACGAGACCUUGAAUAUGAUAGCGUGUGACAGAUGUGACGACUGGUACCAUACCAUGUGUGUGGACCUGUCAGACCAGGAAGUCGAGUUGAUCGACCAAUUCAUCUGCCCGCUCUGUAUCAAAAAGCACCCUAAACUCAACCUGCGUACCACGUACAAGCAACGAUGCCUCAACGGUCUUCGACAUCCCCAUCCGAACUCACCAUCCGCAUGCCACAAGCCUGCUCGCGGCGCCUUUUCGAAAUACUGUUCCGAUGAAUGCGGUGUCCAGUGCAUGAGGGCGCGCAUCGAGAACUGGGAGCGUAGCGGCGGGAAUGCUGGCAAGCUCUGGGACAGUCUGAAGCACGCCGAUCGCAGCGAGGGAGUUGUCAUGCGGGUGGAGCAGGUGCAGGAGAAGCCUACCGAGCCGCCUCUAUGCAAGACGGAGGUCAUCAAGCCCGUCGUUCCGAAGGCCGAGCGCGACAUUCAACACCUCACCAAAGCUCUCGACGAGAUUGCCAACCUUCGCGAGAAUCUAGAGCGCGGCAUGGAGGUGGUCCGGUACCGGGAGAAGCUCCUGGACUUGGCCAUCGGGCGGCAAAGUCGACUGCAGAGUGAGCACAAGCAUAUCUGCGGCUGGGACAUGCGGAUGUGCUUCGGAGAUGAUGACUGGAUGGCCAUGGCCGACGAUGUCUGGGACAGUUAUGAGGACGACGAGGAAGGGGACCAGCAACAGCAGGAUUGGUGGUGCGACAUCCAGAAGUGCACCCGCCAUGCUGGCUGGGCCGACACGCGCGAGACGGAGCUGCUCAUCGAGAAGAACAGCAAGCGCGCCGCAUUGUCGAACCUUGCAACGCGCGAGCGAGCUCUGCGUCAGCGCCUGGAAGACCUACUCGAGGCCCAGCACUCACCGAACGGCACGGACGGACGCGACGUGUCGAGGCUAUCUAGCGAAUGCCCCUCUAGCGGUGCGGCGCGCAGCCGCUCCACCAAGAAGAAAGCAUCGGUUGCCUAGUUUGUGGACACUCCAUACUUUUAUCCGUUACUUUUAGACGUCUUGUUGAUACCGUACACGACUGCCUGUCGAUACAUAAUUUCCUCUGCGCUUUCUUGCCUCUUGUAACUGUACAUCAGCUUGCACAGCACUAGUGAAUAGUAAUGCUCUCCGUCGUCUCAACAAUCUCUUGUGGACUUUUCGGAAGGGACCCAGACAAUCACCCAUUCAUGUUAGCGUGGGAAC